UUUUGUAGGGGGCAUGAAUCGCCUUUGUACGUGUUGGAAGGUGCCUGCCGAUCAGCUGCCUGGGCAGCUGACCGCAAGAUUGACAAUUAUCGAAAUCAGCCGAGGUCAGGGUUGCUCCAAUUUGGCAACCUAGAGGGCGUAACCUCCCCAUGCAAGAGUGCAUGCAAAUGUCAAGUGGCCAGAGCAGGUUUCCGGCUUCGAUCUUUUCCUGUGCGAUAAUCAAGCCGACGAGUCGUGUUUUUUCCAAUCAGUGAAAAGUUUUACAUCCGCGCCUAAUUCCACUAAAUAUAGUCGAAAGUGUGUACAGUGCCGGAAGGGUUAUAAGUGUGGCCGUUUUCUGCGGGGGCAACCUCUUCUGUGGGCGUUCUAACCCCGAGAACCGCCAGAGGCUGGAUUAAUCUGUGUACAUCCACGGAUACCGCCGCCACUGCGCAAAAGAUUUCCUGCGGAAAUUGUGGACCAGCUCCUCGGGAAGACGCCGCCUUCCGCGCCCCAGCCUAGCGCGACACGUGCUAAGGCGCCGUAAGGCACCCCACGUUUGCGGCACCAAAAAGUGACCAGCAAAGUGGAGUACUUCGACCCGCCUGGAAAUCGCAGGCGUCAGCAUACUGGUUCAUCGUUUUUCCCGGAUCCGCCGAGAGGCUCCGUAGAUUCCACGUGCCGCAUCAACAAGCCGAGACCGCGUCCACUGCUCGUGGGCUGAUGUUCUCGUUCCGUUGGCCGCUCCCCGUCCCCAACCGGCGCCCAUGUCGCCCGGCGAGGAGUUUGUGCUGGCAAAACCAGGCGCAUUCGAGCCCUGCAACGUUUAAUGUUCUAAAGACUUGCAAAGAAAAUACGAUCUACCGUUCCCGCUUCAACAGACCCCUGUAUUAAUAGAGUUUCGUCGCCGUAGAAUCCAGAUCUCGGUCCGUGUUUCAAAAAUGGCGCAGUAAAGCCGGUGUUGAAGAAAGACACGGCCCGAGAGCAGCCCAGCAGAAUUAAAAUUAAUAAAUACGCUCUUCGGACCCUGAUUUCAGUCCCGCCUAUCCUCUCCUUGGCAGGCAGUCCGAUGCGAUUCGCCCAACCCAGUUAAAAAGUAAUUGAGCUGCAGGCCAUCCGGUCGAAUUCGCCAGAGACUCGAACCAAUGAACAAGACUCUAGAAUCGCUCCUUUGAGCAAACAAAUGAAGCUCCUAAAAUUUAGCUUAAAUAUCAGUUAGGCCAUUCCGUCGAAUCCGACAGAGACUCGAACCCAUGAAUAAGACUCUAGAAUCGUUCCUUUGAACAAACAAAUGAAGUUCCUAAGAUCUAGCUUUAAAUACUAGUUGUACCCGUUCUAAUUAAGAAUUUAUAUGAAAUAUUGGAAAGAAUUUAGAGGAAAUUGUAAGAAAUCUAAAAAGCACCCGAAACAAAACAGAAAUUGAUUGGAUUUAGAUCUAACCCCGCCUGAGGGAAAUCAAAGGUCUCGAAAGCACUAAUGUAAACGAAAGAAAAAGGAUAACGUUCUAUUUCAGCAGUUGCCGGAAGAUCGAUCUUUCGCCGAUGGAGAAACGUAAUUGCGCGGCCGUGAGCUCAUCGACGAACACAACACCAAACAGCUCGGACACCAACACCAGCAGCGGCACCAAUGAGAACUUUUUCAGCAUCACGGAGGAGGACACGCCUCAGAACUCGCCGUACCGCAUACAAAAGCUGCCAGUGACGAGCGCUUCUUCGCUGAGGGGACGCUCCUCCACACAAUCCCUCAAUGGAUUGGGCGGCGGAGCCAUACCAAGGAGCCGCAAGCUGUCCAACUCAUCCAUGGCCAGCGAUGUGUCCUUUCGCCUGCCCUCCUACGAUUUCCCAGCCGUCUAUCACUUGCAAUCGGAUCUGGAUGAGACGAGCAGUGAGUUUGAUGACUCUGCUUCGACGGCACGCCUGGAUGUAAUCACCAAGGAUCAGCUGUACGAUGCGUACAAGAAGUCCCUCGAUCGCUACCACAAGUAUCGCUGCCGCUACACGGAUCUGGCCAAAAAGUACAAGGAAUUGGAGCGUGACAGCACCAAGGCAAGGUCGGGUCUGGUGGAGACACAAGACAAGGCACUGCGUAGGAUCAGUGAACUGCGUGAGCAAUGCACACUGGAACAGCAGGCCAAGGCGCAUCUGGAGGAGGCACUACGGAUCGAAAUGGAUGACAUGAGCUGCAAGAUGAAGGCCUACCAGACCAAGGUCAAGCUGCUCGGCGAGAAUCCGGAAAAUAUUUCGGCUGUCCUAGAGCGGGUCAGUCAAGGUCUAGACAGCGACAAGCUGAUUGAUCUGGAGGAAUCAGGAGUGAGGUCCCAGCCUCCCGCGAAUGGCAGUUCGACUGAGGACUUGUCCCAUCUGCAGCAGUUGCUGGAGGAGCGGCAAUUGCAGCUUCAAGAGAUGACGGAGAAACACGCAGCUCUGCAAAAACAGGAGGAGGAGAACGUCUUGCUCUUGGCCCAGACCAAACAGGCCAUUCACACAGAGCUGGAGCACAAGGAUAUCGAGGUGCGGCAACUGCAGGAGAAGCUGAAGCAAUACGAGUCCCAGCGCGAGUCUCAUACCAGCGACGUCAAAGAUCAGCUGAAAAAGCUGCUGGAAAUAAAACAGGAAGGCGAUGCGAAGCUCAUUGCCACAGAACAUCUUUUGAGCACACUCAGAGGCGAGCAUACAGCCAAGGAGCAACAGGUGGUAGUCCUCGAAAAGCAGCUGGAGGCUCUCAAAGCGGAAGGUGAAACAAAACUGAACGAAAUGCGCCAGCACAUUUCGGACCGUGGCUCCGAAGAACUGAAGAAACUACAGGUGGCUAAAGACACUGCAGAAGCUCAGCUCUCGUCCACAAAUGAGCUAUUGAAGUCCUUGAAGUUGCAACACACGGCAAAGGAGGAACAGGUGGUCGCACUAGAGAAGCAACUGGAAACUUUAAAAGCGGACAGCGAAAGUAAACUGAACGAAUUGCGGCAGCAGAGCCAGGAGCGUGGCUCCGAGGAACUGAAGAAGCUACAGGUUGCCAAAGAAACUGCAGAAGCUAAACUCUUGUCCACGGAGGGGCUAUUAAAUACACUAAAGAUGCAGCAAUCUGCAAAGGAAGACGAGGUGGUCGCCCUAGAGAGGCAACUGGAAACGCUCAAAGUAGAAAGCGAUCUGACUCUGCAAAAACUACAACAAGAGAACAAUUAUCUCGAGUCCGAAAAUAAAGCUGCCAUGGACCAACUACAAGAACUACAAUUGGCCAGAGGGGAAGCAGAGGCGAGUCUCUUUAGCACCGAACAACUUUUGAUCUCCCUGAGAGGCGAAUUAUCAGCCAAAAACGAGCAGGUUAGGGCAUUGGAGAAGGAAGUGCAUGCGCUCAGAACAGACAGUGAGCAGAGUCUGCAGGACCUGCGGCAGCACAACGAUCAGUUGCUCGAAAUUGUCCAGCGUUCCCAGCAGAUGGACUUUGAGGGUCAACUAAAGCAGACCAAAGAUAAUUUGGCUGCGCUUGAAGGGCAGCUGGCGGAGCGCGAGCAGCAAAUCUUGGAGCUCGAAAAGAGCCUGGAGAUCGAGCGAGAGUCUGUGGCCGCACUGAGCACCGAAAAGACUUCUCUAGAAGAGCAGCACAAGCUGCGAUUGGAGCAGCUGCAGCGUGAAAUCCAAAUGCUUCAGGAUCAGCAUGAAAGCACAGAGAGUGAAACGAUAGCAGCACUGAAAGCACAGCUCGAAACACUCAACCAGGAGCUGGCCGGCAGUCGGGCGAGUCUCCUGGCCAAGGAGAAGGAACUGAAGGCCUCUGGAAAUAAGAUGAACAAGCUGAAAAAGGAGCACGAUCAACAACAAGCCAAGACAAGCGAACAAUCAGUUCGCGUAGAGCAGCUCCAAAAAGAGAUGGCGGAGAGCCAGAGUCUCGCCAGGCAGGUGGAGAGCGAGAAGGAGGAGCUGCAGACACGCGUAAGCUCUAUCCUGGAGGAAAUCACCAGCAUGCAGGCGUACUUGCAGCAAGUGCAGGACUCGCAUGGUCAACUGGAGGGCGAGAACCGCAAACUGGAGACUCGCAUCGAGGCUCUGCAGCGUGAGCAGGAGAGCAACAGUGCGCAGGACGAGCGCGCCACAGCCAAGAUAGAUGAAAUUCAGAGUGAAAACACGAAGCUGUCUGAGCGCAACUGUCUGCUGGAGGAGCAGGCGAAUCACCUACACCUGCAGCUGCAGGCGAAACAGGACGAACUGUCAAAGGUUCAGGCGAAGAUGCAGCAGGUGCUCGACGAACACUCUAAACUGCAGAAUGCACAAGAGCUAAUGGAUCACGACUAUCGCACGCUGCAGGACAAAUGCGAUGCCUACGAAAAGGAGACGCUUCUGAACAAGGAUGCCCUGGAGUGCCUGCAGGCGGCCAGUGAAGAGCUGCAGCGGGUCAAGACUAAUCUGGAGAGAGAUCUGGCCGAGCAGCAGCAGCAUCUGUUAGAGCUGCGAGAGCGCCAACGCGAGCAUGAGCAACAGGUGAAAGACCAGUCCGAACGCUGUACUGAACUGGAGGCCAGCCACCUGGAGAGCGAGUCCCAGCUGCAGGCGACCAUCCAAAAUCUUCGCCAGCAGAUCGAUGCGUUCAGGCUGAUAGAGCAGGGCGUCCAAGAAAAAAUGCAGGCCACCAGUGUGGCCCAAGCCAGCCAGAUGGCCACGCUCGAGGCACGCUGGAGUGCAGCCAAUGCGGAUGUUGAGCGGCUGCACGAGGCCAAUGAUGCUCUCCAGCUGGCGAUGGAUCAGCAAAGUCAGCGACUGGAGGAGUUGCAGGAGACCCUCGCCCAGAAGGAUCGUCAACUUGAGAUCACUGUGGACUCCACCCAAAAGCUGGCAAAAUAUGAGGAAAUUCAAGUCGAAAACGAGUAUCUCCACAAGCACACAAAGCAGCUGGAGCAUGAGCUGGCCGAGAAUGGGGAGCUCAAGGAGAAGCUAAAGGCGCUGCAGUACGAGCUGUAUGUCCUCCAGGAGCAGGUCGAGCAUCACGCCACUCAAGUGACCGAAAAGGAAAGCCAAAGUGCGACGACCAAUGCGGAGGCAGAUCAGCUGAAGACUGCGCUGGAGGAACAGGCCCUCGAACUUACCCGCCAGCGGGAACACGCCAGUUUCGUGACCGAACAGAGCGAUGCAGUCCAGACAGAGCUGCUUCAGACUCAGCAGCACCUGCAGGAGAGACAAAACGAGUUGGCCAAAGCCCAAGAAGAACAGAUCAGUCUUCAGGCGGCCAUUGCGGAACUCCAAAAAGAGGUGGCCAGCCUCAAGGAGCAGCCUGCGUCCUCCGCUUCCGCUGCCACAGAUACCGACAGUCUGCGCAUCCUCAACGAGCAGCUGCAGCGGGAACUGGAGGGUCUAAAACACAAGAGCAACGGCGCCGAGUCGAAUAUGCAACAGGAAAUCGAGGAACUGCAGGCGAACAACCAGCAGAUGGCCGAGCGCAUCAAUGAACUGGAGACCCUGAGGGCGGGCAUUCAAGCUCUGCAACUUCUGAACAGCAUGGCCCCCAAACACGUCCAGGAAGCGGCCUCCACCAGCGAGAAGGCCGUGCUGGAGUCCAAAUUGAAGGAGAUCAUGAAUGAGGUCCAGGAUGUGACGAAUCGAAACCUGUUCCUUGAACAAAAGUGUGAAAACUUCCUGAUUCUCGAACAGUCCAACGAGCGCCUGAAGCUGCAGAAUGCGAAACUCUCGCGCCAACUGGAUGAAACACUAGUAUCCAUGCAGCACAGCGAGUCGGUGCCGGCCAACACAGAGUUUGAGUAUUUGCGCAACAUUAUGUUCCAGUACUUAACCGGCAACACGAACAACGAGACUCUGGUCAAGGUGAUAUCGGCGGUGCUGAAAUUCUCGCCACAGCAAUCCCAGGUGGCCCUGGAGAAGGAGCAUCAGCGUCGAUCGUUGUUGAAUAAACUGAUCUAGCAUGAACUAAUGGCUCUCCACGACGGCGGCUGGUGGGAGCCAUGCCCAGCCACGCUUCUAGACUUCAAAUUUAAUCAGAAUGGUUAGCAGCCCAAGAUCACAACAAGUACCUUAUACCUCACCCGCCCCCUCCCAAAACACUGGGCAGAGCAGGCAUGAAAUAUGGCAAUGGAUUUUGGCGUCCAAGCAUUUCAUUUCCAGCACGCAUAGACCCCACUCCACAUAAAUAUGUAUAUGUUAUUAUUAUCGAUGUUAUUAUUGUACAGUCCUCCGUGGAACUCUAGCUACUUUUGUCUCUCCCACUGUCUGGCAUGCUAUGCACUAUUGUAUGUAAAUUUCUAUUGAGAUUUGCCUCUCUUCUUUCGCGCUCCCCACAUCUCCCGCAUAAGUGAAAUCGUGUUUCUGUAUUUUAGUUUAAGUUGAAUAUUGUAAAGAGCAUCGACAAAGAUUUAUUGCAGUUGCAGUUGGCAUUUAGUUUAAUCCAAAAUAUCUAUACAUAAUAUACACUAUAAUUUAAAUAAAUAGUUGCAAUUCAUACAAAGAGAA